AUGGCGAACACCAUGCAAGUUACUAAGGAAGAAGUUGAAGCAGCGUUCGCUCUUCUCGAUCCAGCUUCCCCAAAUCUUCUUAAGAUAUCGAACUUGAAGCUGGUCAUGAGAGGUCUUGGGUUCGAUCCACGAAAUGCUCAAAUUGAGGGUAUGACUAAGAAGAUCAAAGACAUGAAGACAAAAACUGUCAGAGGCCAAGAGAAUCCUAAUUCCAUUGACGUUGAUGAGUUUCUCGACCUUCUGAGAGAUACUACUGAAACCGAUAAGUCAUUGGAAGAAAUGAGAAGUGCAUUCCGUCUUUUUGACAAAGAAGGGAAAGGAUGGAUUUCUAUUGAAAACCUUAAGCAGGUUGCUAAAGAACUUGGCGAAGAUCUUGCUAUUGAUGAAUUGAAUGACAUGAUCAAGGAAGCUUCCCAGGGUAAAAAUGAUGGUAAAGUCAAAGAGCAAGAUUUUUUUGAUAUUAUGAAGAAAACGUGUCUCUAUUAG